CGUGCGAUCGCGGACACGCGUGAGCCUGCGCCGACAUGGCUCUUUCUCUAGAUUUGUCAAGCGGUAGAACUCGCGACCGCAGUCGCUUCCAAGCGUCCGAAAUGAACGGCAGCGUCGGUACCGCGCCGCGGCUGAAGAAACUCGCGAGAAUACGUCCGGAUUCGCAAAAGAUCGACUUGCUGACGAUCCCGGAAAACGGAUACGUCGACAAGUUCGAAACUUCCAUCGUAGGAGGCGCUGCGGUGACGGUGACGUUUAGGGACGUAUCGUACACAGUGCGAGAAGGCAUUUUCAAGAGACAAUGGAAACGAGUGCUGGACAACGUGAACGGGGAAUUCCAGGGGGGCCAUCUGACGGCCAUCAUGGGACCCUCAGGUUCUGGAAAAUCCACCCUGAUGAACAUACUGGCUGGUUAUACGACGGGCAUUAGCAGCGGACAGUUAUACACGAACCAGCAAAUCAGGAACGAGCUGGCUUUUCGAAAGCAGUCCUGCUACAUAAUGCAGGACGACAAGCUCCAGCCGCUGUUGACCGUACAGGAAGCCAUGACGGUGGCGGCCAAUCUCAAACUGCCUUCGUCGGUUAGCGCCCAAGAAAAACACAAUAAAGUUAAGGAAAUCCUGGAGUCGAUAAGUUUAUGGCCCCACAGGAAGGUGAAGACCAAGUCCCUAUCGGGCGGUCAGAAAAAGCGACUCUCCAUCGCUCUAGAAUUGAUCAAAAACCCUCAGAUCAUGUUUUUCGACGAGCCCACCAGCGGCCUGGAUAGUUUGACUUCGAAGCAGUGCGUGAUGUUGCUGAAGCAGCUCGCGCAGGCUGGAAAAACCAUAGUCUGCACCAUACACCAACCGAGCGCGAUGAUCUUCGACCUGUUCGAUCAUUUAUAUACGUUAUCGGACGGUAGAUGCAUGUACCAAGGUUCCGUGAAAGGAUUGCUGUCUUACUUGGAAGAGUUGGAUUUAAAAUGUCCGCCGUACCACAAUCCGGCCGAUUACCUGCUGGAGGUGGUUUCUGGGGAACAUGGCGAUCAUUCGGAAGAGUUAGUGAAAAAGUCGAAGAACGGACUGAACCAGGACUGGAUCAGCGUCGAAGCGGGUUCGUUGCAACUCGAUACGAUCGAGCAUAUAGAUAAAAUGAUGAAAUCUGGUACCAUAACCCCCGUUCAUGCGCCGGCCAUCGUUUUCCCCCGACCAAACUUCUGUGAUAUUAAAAGUGAUGAGAGUGACGCGUGCUGCAAAGGGACUUACCCCACCACGUGUCUUUAUCAGGUGCUCGUGUUACUUAAACGGGCGUUUUUGGUUUUGUCCAGGGACAGAACCCUGACGUACAACAGAUUAGCGACCCAUUCGCUUAUCGCUCUUUUCAUAGGUAUUUUAUAUUACGGCGUCGGGCGGGACGCCUCGAACAUGAUGAACAAUUUCAACUUCCUCUUCUUCACCGUGAUGUUCUUGAUGUUGACAGCGUUGAAUUGCAUCACGACCACGUUUCCCACCGAAGUGCCGAUAAUUUCGAGGGAACAUUUCAACAAGUGGUAUUCGCUAAAGUCGUAUUACAUUGCCAUUUCCGUAGCCGAUAUUCCCGUACAAAUGUUGGCCACGAUCAUUUACGGAUUAGUUACUUAUUUUUUGACCCAACAACCCGUCGAAUUAUACAGACUACUUUCGUUUCUGCUGAUGUGUAUACUGAUAUCUUUAGUCGCGCAAAGUUUCGGACUGUUCAUCGGUGCCUGUAUGGAAAUUAAAAACGGUGUGAUAUUCGGUCCGUUUUGCUUCCUGCCGUUUACGAUUUUCUCGGGAUUUUUCGUGCAACUGAACGACUGCCACCCGUAUUUGCAGUGGGUGUUCCACAUAUCGUUUCUGAAGUACGGCCUCGAAGGGCUGGUACUGUCCGUAUUCGGCUACGGCAGGCCUAAACUCCCUUGCAACGCGGACUACUGCCAUUUCGUAUACCCCACGAAAUUCCUCAACGAAAUGGAUAUGGAAAACGCCCUGUAUUCGAACGCUGUGAUAUUUUUAUUAGGGCUGACGGUGUUCCUAAGGGUCAUCGGUUACUACGCGUUAAGGAUACAAAUCCAGAGGAGCAGGAGCAAAAGGGUCUGA